CGCGAAUUGGCGGGUCCCGAUGGUAGCAGCUGGAGAGAGGGUGGCCAAGUACCUUGGCCAAACAGCAACUGUUGGACUGCAAUACUCCGCGGCGGCACAAAGGCGUCAAAAGGGUGCGGAUGGAGUCGAACCCGGGAGGCUCUUUCUCACCGCCUUCUCUGAUGCAUCUUGGGCAUCAGAACCUGAGGACAUGACAAGUGUGGGAGGCUUCAUCUGCUGUGUUGGUGGAGGGCCAACAGCUUGGGAGAGCAAGAAACAAGUGGACGAAGCAUUGAGCUCGGUGGAGUCCGAUUACAUGGCACUCUUCGGUGCUAUAAGAGAGGUUGUGUGGUAGCGGCGUUUGCUAGCUGAAUUGGGGGAGGAGCAGCAAGGACCUACCCCACUCUACUGU